AUGAUGAGCAGUUCCUGUUGUGGGUAUUUCGAUGAGAGCCACACCUAUGCUUCGCGAUCUGCAGAGUACGGUCUGUGUGAUUUUGAGAGGACCAGCUGCGAGUGGAGAGAGUACACUGACACAGAACCCGACACAGAACACCGACAGAGAACCCGACAGCAGAAAUCCCCUGGACACUCGAGAAACCCGUACCGACCACCCCGCUACAGCACCGUCAGAGACUACCCAUCCCGACAGGACCUCCCACCCGUCCCACCAAGCCGCACCAGACAGACGCAUAACCCCCCUGAACACACAUAG